AUGACUGUGGUGUCCCCAUGCACUCAAAACCUCAUGGAUAGUGCUCACCCUCACACUGUGCUGAGCAAACUCAAUGAGCAACGCUCACAAGGUCUUUUCUGUGAUGUCACCAUUGUGGUGGAGGAUGUUAAGUUUCAGGCCCACAAGAACAUCCUGGCAGCCUGCAGUGGGUACUUCAGAAAUGCUCUGACAACUCCGGAGACAUGGAGCUCAGGCCAAGUGCUGGAGCUGAUGGACCUGAAGUCUGAGGUCUUUGCCAGUAUCCUAAACUUCAUCUACUGCUCAAAGGUGACAUUAUCUGGGGCAGAGGGCAUGGGGGGGCUAGCUGCAGCUGGGAAGAGACUUGGAAUUCCUUUUUUAGAGAAACUUGUAGAUCAAGAGAGUCAGGAUGAAUGUGCUAAAUCUACAGACUCCAGCACAGCCCCAGUGCCUAAAAAAGCAAAGAAGGAAGCUCCCAGGCCUGAGGAGACAGACAAUGCCAGAGGGCCACGCAUCACCAAUGCCUUCUCUAUCACUGAAGUGUGUCCCGGGAACAAUCCUUUCACACCUCUGGUUCAAACCAGCAGAGAAAGGCAGUCACCAGAUGUGGGGCAGCUCCCAUCAAGCUGCCCUACAACAUCUUGCCCCAAUGGGAACAAUGAGACCACACACACCCUUUCAGAGCACUCAUAUGCAGUCAGCAAGACUACUGAAGGCAAAGAGAGCAAUCAGUGGGACAACAAGAAGGUCUGUAAGUCAGCAAUACCACAGCAAAAGCAACUCAUUUACAGGAACACUGGCCCACUUAAAAAGCGCCACAGACUGAGAGGCAUUUUGGGUAAAAGUAUACUUCCAACACCAGCUGAACCACAAACAAAUAUAUCAAAUACAAUAACCCCCACAUUACCUGAUGCUGUUGCGGCAGCACCUGCUGCAGUCAUGACACCACCUCCAUUGUUUUCAGAGGCAGAAACAGAAAAAAGUAUAGACCCAGGGCUACCAUUGGCCUCUGAUAAUGUUCAGGGGGACAGUAUCUCAAUCUAUGGAUGCGAGCACUGUCCGGAGAUAUUCACAAAUAAAGCUCUUCUCACCAUUCAUUCAGAGGUACAUAAGAAGCGUUUUGUCAGUCAUUUGUUUUGCAAAUUUUGUCACAAAAAGUUCAUACACCUCAAACGGCUGCGCAACCAUGAGCAGGUCUGUCCUAAAGUUGUAAUAAGCCCCCCUAAACUAGAUGCUACUGGCAUAUCAGCCAAAGAUGUGGACUUCCAUUCAGAUGACAUGCCAAAUUUGGAGAGCAUCAUGACACAGCUUCCUUCUGCUGACCCCUCCAUCCCUUACACCUCAGAGCCCCUGCAAGUGGACCAAUCAGAGCCUCCACAGAAUGAGGACAGAGUGAGGCCAGGUGGCAGUCAGAGGAGAUACAACUGCAGUGUAUGUAAACGGGUCUAUGUCACGCUAUCCAGUCUGAAGCGGCAUGAGAAUGUACAUUCCUGGCAGAGGGCUUAUCCCUGUCAUUACUGUAAUAAAGUGUUUGCUUUGGCAGAGUAUCGUACUAAGCAUGAAAUCUGGCACACAGGUGAACGGCGUUAUCAGUGCAUUUUCUGCUUGGAGACAUUUAUGACAUACUAUAUCCUAAAGAACCAUCAGAAGUCUUUUCAUGGCAUUGAUCCCAGUCUGGCUGCUAAGAAAAAAUCUGCCAAUGGUGGGCUGAAAGCCAGUGUGUAUCCAAUCAAGCUCUACAGGCUUCUGCCUAUGAAGUUUAGAAAGAGACAAUAUAAGACUUACAGUCAAACAUAUUCCGAUAGUGUUGAAAGAGGCGAUCAUGCCCUACCAGACAGCAACACUCUCAUCCCUCCAUUUGAAGAAAAUGGUCUGAUGAGCCACACUGACACUGUUUCAUUUCCUCUGACAUUCAUGGCAACAACAAAGAUGAUGGCUCCUGUCAUGCCUCGUAUUAGCUUUGACAAGCCAUGUGACCAAAAUAUUAGCCAAAGUCUGAACAGUGAAUUGGAAAUUCAGAGAGACAACAACACAACAAAAGAGGCUGAGAAUAGAAAGUCUUCCUUCAUUAAAUAUUUGCAACCUGAUACAAUGUCUCCUGCCGUGGGUUACAAAGAUGAUCCACCACUACUAAUCAACUCAGAUCACAUGAGUCAUAAAGUGCUGUUCUUAAACUCUUUGAGCACUGUUAAAAAGUUAAGUGAGCUUUCAGCUUCUGCAAAAAGAGUUGAGGAUAUGACGAAGGAGAUUCUCCAGUCAAGCGCAGAGAAUCUGAUACAUGAUAAAAAGGUGAGGGCAAAGACAGAAACAUAUAUUGCCAAACCUGCCUGCCCAGGUCCAUCUGUAGAUGGUGAUGCCAUGCCACUCUGUCAGAUAACCGUGAAAAUAGGCAAUGAAGCCAUCAUCCGCCGCAAAAUCAAAGGAUCCAAGCUCUUCCCCAGAAAGAAAAGGAGAAUCAGAGAACUGAGCAAGGAGGAGAGCCGGCAACAGGAGAGUCAAUGCUCUCCAACAAGGGAAAACUCAGAGAGCCCCAGACUCCGCCUCAGACCAGGGGUCAGUGCCACCACAGAGCCUGAGGCAUAUGAUGAUUCAAAUGACUGUGACACAGCUGAUAACCUCUGGCGUCCCUACUAUUCUUACAAAGCUAAAAAGAAAAGAAAGAAGCUGAGAUUCAAGCACAGAAAAUCUUUGUUUCACCAUUAUUCUGAAACAUCUUUAGACAGAGCCACUGCCAGUGAGGCACAACAUGACAGAAGGAGUUGGCCGACAGAGGAGGGCAUUUCAGGUGGUGGUGCAGAGGUGAAACGCAGCAUCAGCAAGAACUGCAACCUGAGGGUCACCUACAACUGUGACAUCUGUGACAGCUCUUUUAUCACUGAGACUGGUCUGAGAGCCCAUGUUAUUGGUUCUCACCCGUGUUUCUGUCGGACCUGUGGUAAACAGGGUCCCCCUGGUGAGGCACCCGCCAGUGGUGACUACAUCUGCAGCAGCUGUAUGGAAAAUGGCUCCUGCUUUGACAAAACACCUUGGAGUCCCAACCCAGAGAAAAAAUAUCGCUGCUCCUUCUGUCCGCAACGUUUUCUCUACCUUGCCACCAAGAGAAGCCAUGAGAAAAAACACCAGGAAGCAAAUGAGGAGGGAUAUAAUGACAGUUUUGCACCAUGUUCUAAAUAUCUGAGUGAAGACAAUCAACAAAACAACAUCAAAACAGAAGACAGUGACAAUCAAGGGGGCACUGACAUAACAAAUAAAAGGGUGGAAGGAGGACAUUUCUCCAUUGAUAAAAUUAAACCUAAAAUUGAGGAUUCAACUGACUUUGACUACAUACCAGGAUGUGUCAUAGUCCAACAUUAAAAGUUCAUUAUUGCCCUGCACGGACCCAUUGUUUUAUCUGACACCUCAAAAGGUAAAAAUGGCAUAAAAGGAUCUGUUCGCAGCAUUCUAUGCACCUCCUUUCAAAAAAACCAGGCCAUGACAGAGACAGUGAGAGCAACAAGGAUGUUGUAAUGGUGCCAAGAACAAAUAGUCACAACGAUCAUGAAAAGUCCUGUAAAACUUUUAUGAGAAAUGACUCUGAGACUGAAGGUACCCACAUUUCCAUACAGAUGCCAGAGAAGUGGGUGUGCAAAGAGGAGCCAUUUUUUAAAGAUGUCUGAAGGCCCUGACCAAUCACAGGCAAAAGAGAAAGUGAAUUAAAUCUGACUUUGAGGUACUACUUUGGUUAGGGAAUGUAAGAUUUUUAAUGUUUUCUUUGCUGUUGAGCUCAUUAAAAUGUGUUGAAUGGACAACACUAAACACUGUUGUAAAUGGACAACCAGAAGUAAUAUCAGUGUAGGCUAUCAUUUCUACCAUCCUAAACUCAGCAACUGAGUGAUAUUUCACCUCAGUAAAAGAUACGUUUUGCAUAAUAUAGGACCAUCUGACACAGACUGUACUUUGUCCACUGUCUAUGCAUAUAAGGCAGACUCAUUGACAUGACUGUAACCUUAAAAAAGGAAAUGAAUAUCAGCAAUCCUUCUUCAGACAGUGUGUAAUUUCAGAUCGGGGAGGAACUGAACUGCUGCCUAUUGUGGGUACAUCUUCACUUUUUUAAAUAAAUUUUGGGUCACAAUUCUGAAUCUCCCAUACAAUUAACUGGGCAUGGUGAGUUGCACUUUAUAAUUAGACUAUGCUAAUCUGUUAAAUAUUUUGAUAAUUCAAUUUGAAUUCUAAGCACCAUUUAUACAACUCUAAUUACCACAUUGCACCAUUAAGAUUGUGUUUAAUAUGUAUAAAACAUGUAAAAAUGUUUAAAUAAAUGUUAUUGCUAUUCUAAACCGUGACAUCCUGUCCUCCUUUAGCUUAGUUAGAGAUACUGUAAAUGCUUGACUAUCAGUUCAUAGUAUUAAGUGACCAUU